AUUAAAAAAAUAAAAACCCCAUCUCCAUCUCCAUCUCCAUCUCCAUCUUCCAUCUCCGUCUCCAUCUCCAUCUCUCCUACCUUCCCUCGCCACUGACACUGUGAGCUCUCCCCCACCUCUUUUCCCAAUCUGUUUCCCUUUUUCGCUUCCCCGUUUCUCCCGCUCCCUAUCCAAAGCUCGAAUGGCGGACCCCCAGCCGCCGGAGGCCCCCAACAACGGCGCCGCCUCCGCCGCCGCCGCCGACCCCCCCGCCGCUGCCGCGGCCUUUGCCGCUGCCGCUGCCGCUGCUGCCUCCGCCGCUGGUGGCGAAACCCUCGUCCCGGGCUCCAAGCGGCAGCGCCGCCCCAGCGUCCGGCUCGGCGACAUCGGCGGGCAACCCGCUGCCAUCCCCUCCGAGCCCCACCCCCGCCGCGGCAAGCAGUGGAAGAUCUCUUCCUCCGCCUCCGCCGCCGGCGACCACCACCCCCGCCUCCCCCCGCCGCCCAGGGACCCCUCUAAGCCCUUCUCCAAGACCCGCCCCCUCACCACCCUCGGCCCUGGCGAGACCCGCGACUCCCCCGCCGAGGACCGAGUCCUCCUCCCCGUCGACGAGAACCUGGAGCCCCUCGCCGUCGCGAUCCGCCGGGGGGUGCGAGACGCCAAGGCCCGGCGGGCCAUCGCGAGGCGGGCGAGGUCGGUUUGGACCUCCAAGGUCGACGAGGGAACGGACGCCCUCGACCUGAAGUCGAGCGGCGGGGAUGACGGAGGAGAAGAGGGAUACCGGGAGUUCGACGACCUCCGGCGGGAGGACUCCGAGAGCCCGAGAGCGGCGGUGGGGGUGAGGGUUAGGGUUUCCGACAGCAGGGAUAUAGGUCCGGCCACUGAUGCCGCGGAAGGGGAUUUGCCGUCGGAGACCCACGAUGGGGAUUGGGACAACCAGAAUGGACGGUGCGGAUGGCACGAGGACGGCGGAGUCCGGUCGUGGCUGAACCGGUUGGGGCUCGGCCGGUAUGCACCGGUGUUCGAGAUCCAUGAGGUGGAUGAUGAGGUGCUACCGUUCCUGACUCUUGAAGACUUGAAGGACAUGGGGAUCAACGCGGUGGGGUCAAGAAGGAAGAUGUACUGCGCCAUCCAGAAGCUCAAGGGCUUCUUGUGAGAGUUUCUGUCAAGAAUGUUGUUGAAAAGGAAAAAGAGAAGUUUCAAAACUGGCGGCGAGAUGGGAAUUGCAAGCCUGAAAUGGUUGGUUGGUGUUCCUCUGUUUUGUACAAAUCCACUCAAUAUAAGUUUUUCUUAAUUUAAUACUGUCACUUGCUUUAACAUAUGAUAUUUUGUUGAAUAUUUUGAAUGUGUCUGCUUUUGUUGUCUGGUCAAAUUGUUGAAAUAGCUGGCCUUGGUAGAUAAUGUGCGAAGUUGCAGCAGAUAUUUUAUGAACAAAAGCAAAUUUAGUAGAGAAGUGGAGGAGGAAGAAGAGACUGGUUUAACUUGUACUUGAAGUUAGAACCAGUUAAUCACUGGAGUAGUGUGAAAUUCGAUAGACAUCAUUUUAUGUAAUAGUGCUUUCUUUUUAACUUAGCUAUACAUGAUUUCAGGAGUUGAUUCUGAUCUCAAAACCCUUAGCCUGUCUCUUAACAUCAAUAGUGGAUGCCGCUUUGGAUUCCAAACUUUGUGUUUCAGAACUUUUGGAAUGGGUUUUUUUUCCGUUCUUGCUCAUUGUACCCUUCAUGCUUCAUGAACAUGAUACUGGCUUGAUAUGGGCAAUAAAAAAGAAGCUCGUAGACAUGCAUACAAAUAGGUUCAAGGGAGGUGCAAGUUAGGGGGAAUAUUGAACUACGUUGCCGCUGAAUUUUUUUUAUCUCAUGCUUGUUUGACAGGCAUCUCGCUCUAGGAUUUGCAUUCAUCUUUCAACUCUUCAUACAUCUUAUCGAUUGAUCUAGAAACCUAAAUCUAGAAUUAAAGGAUAAUAAGCCUAUGAUGACAUUCUGGAUCACAAAAAGAUGAGGAACAAGAAUAUAUUAUCUUCUUCUAUUCAAUAGUUCCUACGGUAUCUCUCUGUGUUUGUAUUUUUAUGUGUUUAAUGAAAAAUUUCCUGUACCAAGGAUGUGUUAAUUUCAAUGAUAUUUAUCUUAUUCAGGCUAUCUCUAGCACAUGCCUUAGACUUUAAAUCCCACAUUGUCCAUAAUGCUCUUGUUCUAGGGACAUGCGUAGUUGGUGGAGGAGGUUAGUAAUUAUUAAGCUUUUAAUAUUCAGUUUUGCAGAUUUUUCUGUAGACCUUGUAUCAUUCGCUACUAUUUUUUGUUGUUGAUUUGCUUGGUGAUGGUAACAUUCUCUUGUAAUUCCUCAUUGAGGUUUUCUUGAAAGGAUAUAUGAAAUUAUCUUUCAAAAGGAGCGAUUAGGAAUAAUUUAGGAACUUUAGAAGGGUGCUGUAAAAUUAAGUUGUCAUGGGUAUGCUUGAUGAGUAAGUAUAUGCAGCUUUGCUUGGACAAUGUCUAGAUAGGAUGGGGUUUGUACUUGAGGUGUAUGGAACAGCAUAGUCACCAUAAGGAAUUGAGCAGAGGUAUUGCAUCAAUUUUGUCAACCAAUCAAGUAUUGGAUGUUGGAGUGAGAAUUUUGGGAAUGUGGAAGGGGUUAGGAAAUGAUGUAGUACUUUCAUCUGCAUGAAAUUUGAAAAGAAUCAAAGUGUGGCAGGUUAGUAGGUUGUCAUCGUUUUUGUUUUGUUUCAUUUUUUUUUGUGGCUGCCAAUUAUGGCGACCUUAUAUGUUUCUAACUGAGCUAGUUUGGGCUGUGGUGAGAACUUUCUACUCCGAAGGUCUGAGGGGACUUUCCAUUCAUUUGUCAGAAGAUUAAGGGUCUUAUGAGGGAUCAACAGGGCUAUGACAGAUGCUCUUAUAUUUGUGUAGUCAUCUUCUAGUGAGAUAGUAGAUAUGGCAAGAAAGGGGUCUUUGACAAAUUUGGCUUUAGGUGCCAAGUUUGGAAAAAUGAUACUUGGUCAAGUGCAGCUCAUAAGUAGUUAGACUUUAGCAAACCCUUUCAAAGUUUCUCUCAUCUUUCGCAAGUGAAUGGAAAAGCCAAUUCAUAUGCUUGAGGGGUCCAAGAGUUGAAAGUUCAUUCUACAAAAGCACUUGUAAUAUGCUGGUGUGCACUUCUCAUUUUCUUAUAAAUAUAUAGAUAAACUAAUACAUAUCAGUCGGUGAUUAUUUUUUUCUACUUGCACGAGGUUUAAUGUUUUCAUAUGUUGAUGAUAUUAUCAUGGGGGUAAUGAGACCUUAAAGCAUGGUCUGCUGUGCCGGUACUAGGCUCCGGCCUGGUUGCAUGGUGGCAUGGGUUGGUACGAGCCUGCAACAAAGUUUAUCUCUAGAUAAUCAAAGCUGACUCCAAAUAGUUCAGAUAGGGGUUGAUGGUUAUGGUUUCAAUAUGCAACAACACUAGGUAUCCUUUUUCUAUUCAUAAGGCAAUGGAAAAGCUAGAAAUGAAGUAAAUUCUUGAAAACUAUCUUUGAGCUUAAAUAGAUUGCAACUUAGUACUUCAUAUUUUGAUGAGUUCAUGCAACAAAAGCUUGAAAUAACAUCAAAGUUUAUCCCUAGAUAAUCAAAGCUGACUCCAAAUAGUUCAAAUAGGGGUUGAUGGUUAUGGUUACAAUAUGCAGCAACACAAGGUAUCCUUUUUCUAUUCGUAAGGCAAUGGAAAAGCUAGAAAUGAAGUAAAUUCUUGAAAACUAUCUUUGAGUUUAAACAGAAUGCAACUCAGUACUUCAUAUUUUGAUGAGUUCAUGCAACAAAAGCUUGAAAUAACAUCAAAGUUUAUCCCUAGAUAAUCAAAGCUGACUCCAAAUAGUUCAGAUAGGGGUUGAUGGUUAUGGUUACAAUAUGCAACAACAUCAGGUAUCCUUUUUCUAUUCAUAAGGCAAUGGAAAAUCUAGAAAUGAAGUAAAUUCUUGAAAACUUUCUUUGAGAAAUAGAAGCCAGAGUAUCAACUUUUAGAUUGAAUGGAAGGAGUUUUGAAUCUUGACAUGGAUAUGCAUUUAGAUUUAAAACAAGAAGGGGGCAUCGAGAGAAAGUUGAAUGGUAAAUGUUAAUUUUUUUAAAAAAAUUCUUUCUAUUGUUCCUUUUUUUUUCGGAAGAAGGUUCACAUGAACUUUCUUGUUAGAUAGGCAUCUGAUUGAACAAUGUCUUUAGCUCAAAUGAGAUGAUGAAAUGUGAUUUUUUAUACUACUACUAGUUGGAGAGACAAAAAUUGUGAAUUUGGAGGUUAGGUUAAUGGGAUGACUAAUGAAAUAGCAGGAUGAUUUUAAAGGAAGUUGUCAGGAUUUUGAUAAAGUAGAGGUUCAGCAAGCUAGAUGAUUUUGGAGGAGAGUCCAAGUCAGCAACAGACUAUGCAAGUCUGUAGUGGUUGUAUAUUACAUUUGCUAAAGAGGAACUAUUGAGUAUUGGUACAUGAGUAAUGAUGAUAGAAAGACCAUGUGGAACUGCUUUUGAUUGGUUAUCUGAUUUCAAAAUUAACUGUUCUGAUACAGCAUUGAAUUUCUGCAUGUUUAAUUGACUAUUUGCACUGUCUUUGCAUUUAUUGGUCAACUAUUAUGAAGAAAUGGGAGAAGCAAAAGCAUUUCAACAUUUCUCCAUUGAUAACAACCUGGAGGAACCGACUUUUAGAGAGAGAUAAUAUUAAAUUUUAAAUAGUUUUUCCAGAAAUUGAUCGCAGAUAUUGAAUAAUUGGGCAGAUGUAGUGCCAAUGUUGAUCUGGUAUUAACCACAAAGCCCAGGUAUUUUAGAGAUGGCUUACAGAAUAGAAUUUUGUUAUCCUUGAGAUUGCCAUCAAAUAUAUCAGUGAUCUCUGGAGUAAAAUAACCAUUUGUAGAAUGAUUCUUUGGAUUUUCAUGGUCAUGCAUUAUAAAAAAUCAUAGUUUGGUUGAUUGGCAUUGGGAUUUUCCAAAUAUAUGCAUGCCAAAAGAUAUUGUAAAACUUCGUAAAUUUAUGCGACCGUUAUAAUGUUAUACAUGCAGAUGCAGCUGUAGAUUAUCAUUUUGUAAUAGCGAGUAGAUUUUGAUCUUAGAUCCUCAUGUUCCAUCUUCUUUGAACUAAAUUAACUUGGCAAAUUUGACAAUUUACAUAGAUUUGAUGGAGCCAACUUAUGUGUGAUGUCUUGGCUAUCUUGUACAAGCAAAUUAGAAAACUUAUCUUUUGGACUAUGGAUGAAGUAUUUGGAACCAGAAAAAAGUUGAUAAAUAGUUCAGGAAACCAACCUUCAGAUCAAUCACAUUAACUUGUUACAUUAAGGAUUUUAACAGCAAAAGCAUUCAAUCUAAUUAGGAUGAGGAAGCAUUUGGGAGACAUGGCAGGGCUAAAUCAAUUUUUCAAGCAAGCUUGUAUGGUAUCAGUCUAGCUGUGUUUGCAGCUAUAUGGGUGUUGACUGCAAACAGUGCCUAAUACCAGAUGAUAGAUGAAAGCUAUAUCUGAGGCAAACUUCUACCUAUUCUGGAUUACUCACUCAGAGUUUGUGAAACAUUGCUACAGAGGAGGAAGACAUACCUUCUGACUGAAAAUAGAGAAAGCGUUACUAGUGGGGUGAAGUGAAAUAUUCUUAUCUUGAUUGCUCAGCCAACAUGAUGACCAGUUAUUUGAGUGUGAAGAAGAGGACGUUACUCAUAGGACAAGCUUAAUUGUGUUUGUGUGAAGACCAACUUUAAGUUGCAGAAGGACCAUGUAUGUGCCGAAAGUUACUGGCCUGUACUUAUUGUGUAUGAUUAUCAUUGAAUAUUAAGUGAGAGGAAUAAUACGCUAAACAUCUACCAAUGGCAGAUAUUGUGAUGGCAAAGUCCAAAAAAAGAGAGUAAAAUAAUCUAUCGAAUUGCCUAGACAAAUUCAUGACAGGACACAGCAGAGAUUGCAAGCAAUAUGUGAUCUCUACUGGCAAGCAUGUGAUGUGAUGGGGUGAAUUAAUUCUCAUUUUUGUUUUGUUGGAAACAAUACUCAUGAAGGUGUAACUACAUCCAAUAGCAGCCAAGUUGUCUAUCGUUUAUUGAGAAAAUAAACAACACUUGCUAUAUGUUGUGGUUUUUUAUGGUAUUGUCCAAGUGUUCCAUUGGUUUUGUUACUUGACCCAAGAGAACAAAUUCCCAAUUACAUUUGAAGUCUUCAUCAUGUUUUUUUUUUAAUUUCAUCAGAUAAUCACAAACAUUUAUACUUCAUUGUACAUUUAACAAAUCAUAUCUGAGUGUGUACAGGUGCACCGCAAGAAUUUCACUGCACAUUUCUCAUCUUUUCUUAACUAUCUAUGAACUUGCAGUGCAGAUAAUUUGUUACAAUAUCUAUUCUCUCACCCUAAUGAUGGCAGCACAUGGAGUAAUCCGAUAAAACUCAGGUUCUUAUGUUGAGCAUUUUACACAUUACAGAAUUUUCCACUGUAAAAAUCCACAUGCCCACAUAGCCUUGCCUAUACAGGUCUAGCGCCUGCAUGUUUCAUCUUAAGCUCUCUUGGAACAUAUUGUUAAAAUCUUUAAUCAGCAGAAGAAAAUGUUAGCAUGGGUUAACAUGUGUCUUGAGGAGACAAGGGUUAAUAGAUUUGAUAGGUGGUACAUGGGAUCAUCAAUGAUCGGUGUAUGGAGUGAGGUUUUUGAGAGGGAGAAUGCGUGUAAGAGGGAGAAAUGGACUCUUCUUGUUCAAACUUUGAGCGUGGAGUUAUAAAGUACUUGCAUGGAUGUGCAAGUUUGGCUCCUCCACUGUCAUUGGGAAGGGCCAGGUAGAAAAGGAGAUUUAUUCAGUUAUAGACAUGAAACUACAAGCUAAUCAAAAGACCAGGCUUGAUGCACAUUUAUAGUCUUUAAAGGUUUAAAUUUCUCGGUGUAUUGGCCUGUACAUGGCACAUUAGCCUUGAACUGGUACAUGGGGCCUUGGUAUGCCCCAGUAUCUUCAAACUGGGCCUGAACCACUCAUAUUUUGCUGGAUUGGGGCAGAUCUAACCUGAACAGCUUGGUGUCGAGAAGGAUAAAUAUAAUCUCACCCCCAAGGUGGUAAGAGGCAUCGGGAAGCUCUCCAAGUGCCAGAUUUGCAGAAUCUGAUAAACUGUAAAAUGCAUAAAUAUAGUUUUUCAAUUUUUUUUAAUUAGGUAUGUGAAAUUACAUAUUACACUACAAAACACAUGUUAAAUAGCAAUAAAAAGCUUCAGCACACAUAAAAUAAGGAUGAUCCAAGCAUUUGAAGCACUAUGCUCAAGCUGAGGGCUAAAAAUGGCCAUACCAAGGCCAAGGGUGUACUAGCCGGCCCAAGCUGUGCUCUCUGGUACAAAGUGUUGGUAAGGUAUGUACUGCAGCGUGUAUUUUGAAUUACCUGGGACUAGUACUUUCUGUGCCUCAAUUUUGCUUAAAAUUUGAACUCCAUACCAAAGAUUCAAGAAGAUGUACAUAGUUAAUUUCUGCCAAGUUCUACAUACAGAAUAAGAUAUGGUUUCAACAUAUGUUUUUUUCUUGAUGGAUCCUCAAGAACUACAAAUAUACACAGAAAAUCAUUUCUUUAAAAAUUGCAUGAUUUUCUCUUGUUGCCAUUUCUAUAGGAUUUCUGGUGAUGUUUGAUGCCUCUAUUUGAUAUGGUGACAGUUCUUAAGCUGGUUUGCAUGUCAGGUAUUGAACAGGAUUCAAAGAAAAAUCAUUAGGUGUCUUUUUAAGAAAAAGAAUGAACAUUGUGUUUUCACAGAAAAGAACUUUUUGUUUAAAAAACAAUAACAAACAACAGAUUUGUGUGUAAGUCUUCAUUUGAGAUCAUGUAUGGAUGAACAUCCAGGCAUACGUGACUUCACAGGGUCUCUGAGAAUGAGCAGAGCUGAAGAUUCCCGCAGAUUUUAACUGAUGAUAGGGAUGUCAAAAUGGAGGUGGAAUGGUCUAGUGUUAGAUAAGAAGGGAGAUUUUGACAAGCUUGGAUUACCAAAGUGAUUUAUGUUGAUGCUUCACUUGGUCACAGAGCAUCUCAUGGUUAAAGCUGACAACAAGUUGAAGAGUGUAAAAACCAGGUGUUCAAAAUGUUACGGAUCUUUUGUAGGAUAAGUUAAUAUAUUUUAUUGUUGAUCUUGCAACUAUGCGGAGUACCGCAUGUCAGCAGACACUUGGCUGCCCAUCUUGCAAAUGUGGGAAAAUCCCACCUCUGAUUUUGAACCCUGUAGUUUCAAGUCACUCAUGUAUGCAAGGUUCUUUUUACUUUGCAACAUAUGUUUUUCAGCAAAAGGAAGGAGACAGAAGUACAUUUUGACUCGAGAACGAAUCCUCUCAGAUGAGAUAACCAGCAUAUGUCUCCUUUUUGGUUGUGGCAUGUUUGGUUAUCGGUGAGAGUCCUAUGCACAAUAGGACAUUUUUGAGUUUUAAUUUGAACAGUUAUAGAUUGGUUUGAGGCUAGUUUGAGUUACUUAUUUGGUGGGAGGCAAAACUAGAGAUCAGAAUCAGCUUCUUGGGUGUACUUGAAGAGUGGAAUCAAUUCCAAGUCUGGAUGAGAGUCACAAAGUCCAUGUGUAUGAAUGCUGUAAAAACCUUACUAUUAUUUUUGUAGACUGUCGUUUAAAUUGCAUAGGCAUUUUCUUUUCUUUUGUGGAUUCAGGAGGUUCCCCUGGCAGAUUCAGUUGUAUGGUAAUUGAGGGUUAAUGUGUUCUUGUCUCUCGUUGAAUCCAUGUUAGCUACUAUCUAUAUAUUAUAUGAAAUAUCAACAGUUGGUGUUUUGAAAUAUUAUUUGAUCUCUCCGUUAUCAGGAUUAGAAUGAGGGGUGAACUUGAAUAUCCAAAUUUUUCCCAUAUCCUAGUCUUUAAACACAUACUGGAAAAUUUUUUCAAUGAAAUCAUCAGUUCACCUGAACCUGAAGGUCAUUGUGUUUACUCACUUAACUGUUUUCUACACCAUGACUCUUUAUUCACUCACCUAGUGCAUUGACUUUGAAAUGCUGACAAAUUUUCUAUAAACUGACACCCGACUGUCCUUCAGUAUAACUGUUUUUUUUUUCCCUGUUAAAUUUAUGUUGAGUUGGAAAGAACUGGUGUGUUGCCAUAGCUUCUUACAGUUGCCAUGGCACUGUAGCACCUGAAGUUAGCAUUAUAUGUGUGCUUAUAGAAUUUCUGCCAUAUUUGCUAUAGAUUUUGAAUAAACUUUUCUGGCAAAAUUUAAAGAUUACAGGUUUAAGUUGAGACUCGAGGUAAUGGUCCUUUUGUUCAUGUUGUAAUGAUGCACAAAAUCUUAUUUCCAUUUAGAGAAGCAUUUUCAAAUUGCUCUUUGCUCUUCAUAUGUAUUCUUUCUUGUGAGAUGAUCAUUAUCGAUAAUCAUGUCAACAUGUGUUCCUUGCUUCUACCUUGUGACAGGACAUGUAACGAAACUUGUAGAUCCACCAUCCUUUAUCUUGCUUGCAUUUGAUAUGUUUUGAUAUUUAUCCUAAAAUUUCUAGCUUACAAGCAUAUGGCUGUUCUUUCUUCUGUAGUAAGUUAUAAUAGCAACUUUUGGUAAAUAUGAUUGUUCUACAGUCAAUAGUAAAUUAGAACUCAUUUCUGCAAUUAUAAAGUGUUUUCUAAUUUCGCUUUGUUUUUCUUCUGGUGUUUGUUAAAUGAAAAUUAUGACUUGGUUCCUGCUUCCGCCUCUGGUUCUACCCUUGAAAAUGUCUCAGUGAGGUCAUAUUGGUAUUCAUACAUAGUAUCUAAUUUUGCUGUUGCUUCUGAUCAGAUGCAUUAAUUUUGCGAAAAGAAAUAAAAUUUUCUAUCCUGGUUAGUGCAUGGCGGGUAAUGCAUUUCCUUUGGCAUGUGGCAUUUAGUUGGAUAGAAAGAAACUAGAAUUCAAGGAUUAUUUUUUUAUUCCUGUUUCUUACCUUUACUGGCACAUUAUUCUUGUGUGUUACUUUAUGAGAAGAUUUUUCUAAUAGGAUUCCUAGAAUGUAGUGUCUGAUACUUGCGAUAUCCUUUUCUUUAUGGGAUCAGAACAUGUUACACAUGUUUCCAUUAUUUUUCCAUGAAAGGAUGCCUAUGAUCAAUGUGGAUAGUAUGCUCCUCAAAAUGGUUUUCAGAAAGAAUUACAUGCAGGGGCCUAUGCUUGCCCUGAUGCUGGUGGCUGUGUGUUUUAGGAUCUCAUGGUCGUUGUAGCUGGGUCCUCCUCACUAACUGUCUGCGCCCUUCUAGUUUGGUCUAUGAAGUUAAUGAACCUGUCUUAUUUACUUGUUCUUUUGUUUGGAACCAUGACUAAGGCCUUAAAAUUUUCUCCUUGACUAUUGGAGGAUGCUGACACCCAACUGGUAUUAUCUCAGUGCUGUACAUGAGAUGGAUCUUUUACGGCGUUUUUGUAUCUCUCCGGGUUCGAUCCUCAUCAUAUUUUCUGGGUGUAUAUAUGACCAGAAUCCAGUUGCUGUUCUGUUCUUAGUACAGCAGUUGUCAAAGUCCUAUAUAAUUUAAAGCUAGUUGCUGUUUUUGUUUUCAGAUGAUGCAUAAGAUGUGCCAUGAUGAGCACAACGAAUGUUGUUCAUGUGGCUAGACUGUUUUUAAUUUCUCCAACUAUAUUUUAUUUUAUUUGUAUAUAUCCAAUGAUCAACAUGGAUUGGUGAUGUCAUUGUGGGCUCAAAUGCAGUACAGAGAUUAGAUUUCA